AUGGCGGCCCUAGUGUACGUCGCGUUGUCGGGCGCUCUCUCCCGGCGUCCGGUGACGAGACGCGGCGGCGGAGGAGCGCGGAGGAGGAGAGAGGCGGAGAGGUGGCCGGAGCGGGCGCCGGCGAGCUGGAGGGAGGCGGUGGCGGUUCUGUCGAGGACGGCGGGGUUCGCGUACGCCGAGACGCUCGGCAAGUGGCCGCUCGAGGACAUCGCCUUCGGGAUCAACCACUACAUGCGCAUCCAGGGCAAUCUGCAGCAUGAGUACACUGGCAGCAAUUGUGUGCCCCUGGAUGGUCCUGGAGUAAGGCAGGAGCUGAUUGGACUUCUCAGCUACCUCAGACUCUGCAUGUUCUUCUCAAAGAAACCAUAUGAAGUGUUUCAAGAGUUUGGUGGUUAUGGACAGAGUGAUAUUCUCAUAAGGAAGUCGAAGUCACAAUUUAUGAAGCCUGCAUUCACGGUUGUCCGCGAUGAAAGUACCAAAUCCUUCCUCCUUUUCAUUCGGGGAGCGACCAGCACUAAGGAUCGUCUGACUGCUGCAACUGCUGCAGAAGUUCCAUUCCAUCAUUCAGUGUUGCAAGAUGGACAUCAGGCCAUUCCAUGCCUAAGGAAAGCAGUCGAACAAUUCCCAGACUACAGAGUUAAGAUCAUUGGGCAUUCAAUGGGAGCUGGUAUUGCUGCGAUAUUAACAUACAUGCUACGCGAGGACAAUAAGUUAUCAUCAUCCUCAUGUAUUGCGUUUGGACCAGCUGCUUGCAUGACCUGGGACUUGGCUGAGUCAGGCAAAGACUUCGUUACCUCUGUAGUCAACAAAAACGACAUGGUGCCAUCUUUUGGCAAAGCUUCAGCAGCAAACCUUCGCACAGAGGUUAUGGCAUCUUCAUGGGCUCCAGACCUCCAAGAACAAAUUCAGCAAACAAGAAUCUUGGGUUUUGUAAAUAGCUCUGUGAAUUUCAUGCGAUCCCACAUUCCCUUUGUAUCCAACACAGGGUCUGACAACACUCCUAUGGAUGAGUUGAACCUUUCGGCAAAUGUGCGUGCCGCUGUGCAGCAGCACUCUUCACUGUCCUGCUGGUCAUCUGUCGCUGUUAAUACGCAAUUUCUGGAGGCUCUGGUGAACCCCACUCAGGGCAUUCCAGCAUUGAUGCCUGCAUACAGAGGAACCGAGCAAAACACUGAAAAGCCAACAAUUGCAAGAGAACCAGCCUCAUGCUUUCCUGGAGAACUCAACCGUCAGAAAUCAGAUUCAGUGGAGACUGACCCAGAGGAGAAAGCAACAGACCAAGAACACAUGGAGCAGCUUCUGAAGGCCUUGCGAUCAUCGCGAAUGGUCUCCCAGGAGCCUCACGAGCUGUACCCUCCGGGCAGAAUCAUGCACAUGGUUGAGCUGCCAGCACCAGAAGGGCUGAGCACCGGCGAGCAAUGCCACCAGCAUGAGGUAGUUGCCAUCUAUGAGACCCCUCGCAGCAUGUAUGGCAAGAUCAGGCUGGCGAGAACCAUGAUCAGAGACCAUUACAUGCCGAGGUACAUCGAGACGAUGGAGAUGCUGAUCGACAAGCUUGCAGAGGAUGAGGAUGACACUGACAACCGGUUGGACUAA